GAGGACAGUCAUCAUGAUCUUGUGACGAGGAAAUAACGCGUGCAGUGAAAAGGGUAAACACGGCCAGAGACAGGACUUGAAUCAUGGAUUACCGUGUGAUCUGCGUUAUUUUGCUUUCUUUCCUCGCAUACACUAAUGCUGAGCCGGUGAGAUUUUUGGACUGUGGCUCAGAAGAUGGAAAGGUUUUUGAGGUUGACAUCCUGCCCUGCUCAAAACAGCCAUGCCAGCUUCACAAGGGACAGUCCUACACUGUAAAUGUAACAUUCAGCAGUGAUGUUAUCAGUCAGACCAGUAAAGCUGUGGUUCAUGGUGUUCUUGCUGGCUUGCCUGUUCCCUUUCCCAUCCCAGUUGAGGAUGGUUGCAAGUGUGGAAUUCUGUGCCCGAUUCAGCCACAACAAAUGUACAGUUAUGUCAACCAGUUGCCAGUCAAGAGCGAAUACCCAGCAAUAAAGCUGGUUGUGGAAUGGGAAUUGAAAGAUGACUCCAGCAAAGAUCUAUUUUGCAUCAAGUUUCCGGUUCAGAUUGUGAGCUGAAACCAAUAUCGAAGCCAUGAAAAGGACAUUUGAAAAAGGGAUGUCAAGGACAAAGACGUCUGUAUGUGUGCCUAUGUACUUCUCUGUGGACAGUUUAGACUUAAUUUAGAUGCAAAUUGUAUGAUUUAUUAUUUGAAAAUGUUUUAACCAUGACAGAUUUAUCAUUUUAAUAUUUUUGAUAUCUGUGGAUGCUCUAUAGCUACUCAACAAGCAUUGCAUAAUUCCAUUUUGUGUUGUGCUAAAGUGUCAUUUAUUCACCAGAAUGAGAUGCUGACUAAUGACAUUAGUUCAUGUGGAGAUUUAAAUGAUUUAAAUGAAAUGAAGCGUUUGUUUUCUUAAUCAGAGGUGUUGCAAUUGAUAAUGAACUUUUUACUCUCGUUUUAAAUCUGCAUAUUAAAUAAAAAUUGGAUUUUAAUAUUGGUUUAUUUUCUUAAAAAAUGGCAAGUCAUCCUCCACAUUUAAUAAGCAACUAUGUACAUGUUACUAAAUAAUGUACUUUUAAAUGCAAGCAGAGUCUUUCAUUGGAAUAUGAAAUGCUUUUCUUAAAUUUGAGGAUCUUUUCAGCUUGAAGAUCUAAAACUGGAGCAAAACUCGUAUUUCUAGUGAAGAUAAGAGCACAAUUAUUAUAAAUUUUUUUGUAUAUUCAGUUUGUUUUUGUGACAUUCUUCUAAAUGAUCAGUGGAUAUGCUUGCCUAGCACUAAAGGAAUAGUUCGCUCAAAUGUGAAAAUUGUCUCAUUUUCUCACCCUCCCAGAUGCGAAUUACUUUCUUCAGCUGAACACAAAUGAAGAUUUUUAGAAGAAUAUUGUCCUCAAAUUGCAUGUCAAUAAGAACAGAUUUUUAAAGAUCCAACAGCAUAUAAAUGCAGUAUAAAAGUAGUCCAUGUGACUCCAGUGGUUAAAUCCAUGUCUUCAGAAGUGAUAUGAUAGGUGUUGGUGAGAAACAUCAAUAUUUAAGUAAUUUGUUUACUAAAAAUCUCCACCUUUGACCAGCCCUAACCAGUAGGUGGCUGAAUGUGAAAGUCACUUCCACAUUCUGAAGUGAAAGUGUAGAUUUACAGUAAAAAAGGCACUUAAAAAAAAGUAUCUAUGUCUUCCGUGAUCUGUUUCACACCCACACCAAUCAUAUCACUUCAGAAUAUAUUAAUUUAACCACUGGAAUUUUAUGGGUAUACUUUUGACCUGCCUUUGUCCUCCAUGACCAUCCAUGAACUUACCUUAAAAGUUCUGGUCACCAUUCACUUGCAUUGUAUGGACCUACAGAGCUAAAAUAUUCUUCUAAAAAUCUUCCUUUGUGUUCAGCAGAAAAAAAGUCAAACAUAUCUGGGAUGGCAAAAUAGUAUUUUCAUUUUUGGGUGAACUAUCCCUUUAAUAGAAUUGUCUGUUAAAGCAAAGAAUCCACAGUUUCUCCUUUUUUGGUAACUGUUCACAUUGUUUGUUCUCUUUACACUUGUCUUUUAUUUUUAUUUCUUUCUAGAGGUUAUCUGGUUUAGUUUCAUAUGCUUUAGUUGUCUAUUCAUAGAAGCAACUUAAUACUAAGUAAAUAAUGUCAACAAAAAU